AGUCAGACGCCUAACCGACUGAGCCACCCAGGCGCCCCUACGGGAAUCUUCAAAAAUCCAUCUCCGCUCUGAGAUGCUGCCCAAACCUGGGACCUACUACUUCCCCUGGGAAGUCAGUGCCGGCCAAGUUCCCGACGGAGGCACACUGAGAACAUUCGGAAGGUUAUGCCUCUAUGACAUGGCACAGUCCCGAGUCACCUUGAGGGCCCAGCACGGGUCUGACGAGCACCAGAUCCUGGUCUGUACCAAGUUGGUGGAGCCAUUCCAAGCCCAGCUGGACUCCAUGUACCUUGUCCUCGGGGAGCUGGAGCGCCAGGACGGAGGCUCUGUGGUGAAGGCCCGGGUGCUGACUUGUGUGGAAGGAAUGAAUCUACCCUUGUUAGAACAAGCCGUCCGGGAGCAGAGGAGCUCUGCGGCUAUGGAUGUGUUCCAGAAGGUAGAGAAGAUCGGAGAGGGCACCUAUGGGGUGGUGUAUAAGGCCAAGAACAAGGAGACAGGGCAGCUUGUGGCCCUCAAGAAGAUCAGGCUGGAUUUGGAAACUGAGGGAGUCCCAAGCACUGCCAUCAGGGAGAUCUCCCUGCUCAAAGAGCUUAAGCACCCCAACAUCGUCAGGCUGCUGGACGUGGUGCACAGUGAGAAGAAGCUCUACCUGGUGUUUGAGUAUCUCAGCCAGGACCUGAAGAAGUACAUGGACUCCAUGCCGGCCUCCGAGCUCCCCCUGCACUUGGUCAAGAGCUACCUCUUCCAGCUGCUGCAGGGAGUCAGUUUCUGCCACUCUCACCGGGUCAUCCACCGAGACCUGAAGCCCCAGAAUCUGCUCAUCAAUGAGUUGGGUGCCAUCAAGCUGGCCGACUUCGGACUGGCGCGAGCCUUCGGGGUGCCCCUACGCACCUACACCCACGAGGUGGUGACACUUUGGUAUCGCGCCCCUGAGAUCCUCUUGGGCAGCAAGUUCUACUCCACCGCCGUGGACAUCUGGAGCAUUGGCUGCAUCUUUGCCGAGAUGGUGACCCGUAGAGCCCUGUUUCCUGGUGACUCUGAGAUUGACCAGCUCUUUCGAAUCUUUCGGACCCUGGGGACGCCCAGUGAAGCCAUGUGGCCAGGAGUCACCCAGCUGCCUGACUAUAAGGGCAGUUUCCCCAAGUGGAGCAGGAAGGGGCUGGAGGAGAUUGUGCCUGGUCUGGGACCAGAGGGCAAGGACCUGCUCAUGAACGAGAAGUCUGCCGCAACCAGACGCGGGCUGAGGUCUGGGAACCUUAGACAGGGAGAAGACAGAUGGACUCAGCCUCCGGUCUGCAGGAGCAACUCCUGCAGUAUGACCCCAGCCGGCGGAUCUCCGCCAAGGCCGCCCUCGCACAUCCGUACUUCCUGGGCGCCGAGACCUCCCGGGCCCCCCACCAGUGCGUGCUGGAGCAUCUCUGCCGCUGAGAGGGUGUGAGGCCCUCCGCCUCGGAGCCUCUCUCCACUGCUGCCCCAGCUGUCUUCCCACCCACGUCCCGAGAAAGAGGACCUAUCUGGGAGAGAGCAAAGCUCUGAGGAAUUUGGCAUCAGCGGCCAGAGGGCUGAGUUUGGGGUAGUCCUGCCCGCAGGUUAAUGAGUUCCUGUGUUGUUUGUUGGGUUAGACAGUCCCGGUUCAAGAGGGGGCACUGGAGCCCCCUGUGCAAGGCGUAUGUUAGAGGCUGGGCCCCCUGGCGCCUGAAACCACAGUGGCCAAGGAGAGGAGGAAGGCUGCCCCCAUGUGGCGGCAGCCCCCCCCCCCCCCCCCCCCCCCCCCCCCCCCCCCCGCCACCCGCCAAGGGAAAGGGUGCCCUCUGCUGGUCUUUUUGGCUUUAAAACGUUUGGGGGAAGAGUUGCAUUCUUAAGAGUCCAAGUUAAACAGGAAGCAAGGCCAGAGAGAGAGAGAGAGACAUUUUCCUGAUCCCAGGGGAGGUCAGGGUAUGUGUGUGGCUGUUCUAAGUAGUUGGUUUGUACUUAGGAUAUGCUUAUGUUGUUUGCCUCUGGCUUAAGAACAGGAAAUAAAAGUGCUAUAUUCCUGA